GCGCCGUCGCUCCCCUUCCGCGCGGUUCCGUCCCGCCCGUUCCGGCCCGGCGCCAUCAUGGCGGUGUUCCACGACGAGGUGGAGAUCGAGGACUUCGAGUACGACGCGGAGAGCGGCACGUACAGCUACCCCUGCCCCUGUGGGGACCGCUUCCUCAUCACACGGGAGGACCUGGAGAACGGCGAGGAUGUGGCCACCUGCCCCAGCUGCUCCCUCAUCUUGCGGGUCAUCUAUGACCAGGAACAGUUCAUGCGUGAUGAAGUCAUUGCAGAGCCUUUGACAAACAAGGAACUGAUUAAGUGCUGACGAACGCAUCAUGAACUGUUGCUGCUUUAGGAUAAGAAAUUAUGGGAAUGACAACUUUGGGAAGAGACGCGGUGCUCCGCCUGGAAGUUCUUGCUGCUGUGAGAAACAAGUGCAAUAAGUGGCUGUCGUAAUGACACGAAAUAAAAUUUUCUGGGACAUGAACAGGUUUUGGUAUAAAGAGUUACGCAUUUUAAGAAAUUAAUAGUUGGUAUUCUGGAAGACUUGGAGUGUGAUCCUGAUUGACUUCAAAUCAGUAUUCGGAAGUGUGCAGUGAGGAUAAACCGGCGUGAAGUGGCACAGAGAGAGAAAAUGUUGGGAAACAAAACGUAAAGGUCUGUGGGACGUGCUGCCAUACAGAAUUACAGUGUUGGUGCAGCAUGGUGUCACCUAGGAAGUGGACCCUCGUACUUUCAGGCUAUGCUGAGUUUAGGAAGAAAAGGAGGCCCAGAACCACUGCUGCUGGUAAAUGGUUUUCACUACUGUAAACGCAAAGAAGGCACAGCACGUGGAUUGAAGCAGAUUUGUUUGAUAAAUUGCAGUUGCUCAGAAACAGCUUUGGUAGCUGUAUUAACUGGAUAUCUGAAAUAAUCAUAUUACUUUUGUUGCGUGAAAUGAAACAAAAAGAAUCCAGCUCUUCUACCCUUCAAAGAUAGUCAUCUGCAAAUGGAUUUGAACUCAAAAGUGGAUUUUAAUAUACCCAUAUUUUCUCAGCAGUUCAGUGAUUUGACUGUUGCAGCAAAUACAAAACAGGCUGCAGUUCUCUGUCCCACUUAGAGUAGUGCACUUCCUGAAUUUUUCGGUCUCACUUUGUCAAGGUUCUGUCUGUUCCUGGAUAAGAAAUGCCCACAGUUUGCUUGAUUUAUUAAUAAAAAGGAGUCUUAAGAUAGAAAAGAGUUGGAAGAUUAUGCUCUGAAGUAACCUUGAUUCCAAGAUUACUUCUUGUAUUACAGGCCACUGCAUAUAAGUAUUUAUUUAAAAUAAGAAUCAUUCAUAAAUUUUGUUGGAUUUGACAUCUGUGAAUUUGGGGGAAAGUAUUUGUGCAGUGCUUAUAUAAUUAUUUCACUCCAGGCACUAGAGAUAAACAAGUCUUACUGAUAUCUUUCUCUUAAUUAUUCUUGUUCUUACAAUGUUCUGUGAAUGUUGGAAAUGAACAUGCUAGUUAUUUAAAAACAAACAGACCCUACACCCUUCAGCUAGAAGUUUUCAAGGCACCGUGUACAACGCGAAGUGUUUUUAUGCCGAAACCAGCAGGUGGCACUCGUGUCACUUAAAUACCCGUGCUUCAGAAAAUGCUGUGGUAACUUUGCUUAGCAGUUUCUUAGCAAAUAUUUAUUUUGGCUGUUAUUUAAAUAAAGAUUCUUGAAAUUGCACCAGUGGUUA